GACAACAACAACAGCAACACCAAAGGGAGAUGCGCCAUCUUUGUAGGCGCACUAAAACAAACUGUGCAAGGGCUCGAGCAAGAAUGAGCGGUUUUCCCUGAUUUUGCCUUAGAUAGCGAGGCGAAUUCUUAUCAAGAUGUCGCACGACACGUACAACACCCUGUGGCGGCAGGCCCACACAACUAUCACAGACCUGCUGGAGAUAGAACAACCAGAAGAACCACCAAAGCCUGAGAGGGACCGUCUGACAGCGUUCCAGAAUGUGGCCACGAUGUACGUCAGAUACAUCCAGAUAUUCCGCAAACUGGAGAGCUCCUACGACCAGAUUGUCCAUCCGCAGAAAAGACGCGUGUUGCGGCAUGUGUUGGACGGCACCAUCGGCCGUAUUCUCGAGCUGAAGGGUGAACUGACGGGCCUGGAGUUCUCAGAGUUCCACUACUUUGACGACAUCCUGUCAGACUUAAAACUCACCCCGAAUGACAUUGAGAUGCCGAUCCCCAAGUAUUUCACCUUGGAGCGGUCCAAGAUCCUGAAGGACAGAGAGAAACUUCUGGGACAAAUCCUGGCCAAGUUGGGGCCACAGGACAAGGACUUGAAAGAGGAGGAGAAGCCGAUGUCACUGGAGGAGUCCAUCCGGAUUAUCCAGGUGCACGAGCGGGCGCGGCAGGGUCGUCUCAGGGCAAAGUUCAUGCGGGAAAUCCGCAUGCAGGAGGAGCGCGAGAGACAGGCGGCCAACCGCGGCGCCCCGACCAUAGAGCCAGACACUGCCGCCAUACGCAUACAGAAGGUGUGGAAGGGUUUUGCACAGAGGAAGCGGACAAAACGAGAGAGGGAAGAGGAAAUGAUGUUUAUCGGGAUGACUCCCAUACCAAGUCAGCCUGCUAAGAACACGCCACAGUUUUUAGCCACUAAAACAGAGUCCGCGCGCAGAGUAACCCAGGAAGAACAUGAGCGUGAGUACCAGCAGGCUCUGGUCACCAUCAAGGAGAAGCUUCGAGAGGUGGAGGGGCCAGAGAUGAAGGAGAGCAUGCAGGACCAGAUCAGGCAGUGGUUCAUCGAAGUCAGGGAUGCCACGGGGAAGUUCCCAGACUACCCAGAUGAAGAUGAAGGAGGUUCUGCUAUGAUCUUCAAAGAAAAAACACCAGAAGAGGUUGAAGCUGAGAUGGCCGCCAAGGCUGAAGAAAAAGGCAAGAAAAAGGGCAAGAAAGGGAAGAAAGGGAAGAAGUCAGGCAAGAAGGACAAGAAGGGGAAGAAGGGAAAGAAAGGCAAAAAGGGGAAGAAAGGUGGAGACGAUGAAGAGGAGGAGCCAGGCUUCAAGUUGGCCCCAUCUGAGUUUGUUCCAUCCCUUUCAGAGGGAAACACCCAGUUUCAAGGUGUGUGGAAGGAGCGCGACGAGUCUGACAACUUCAGCCAGAAGCACGACGCUGAACUGAUCAAGGAGGAGAAGCGGAAGGAGGUGGAGGGAGAGGUCCGGCUGCAGGUGGACGAACUCAUGAGGGAGGAGCUCAAGAAUCUUAAAGCCGCUGUGGAAAGAGACAAGGGGAAGAAGGGAAAGAAAGGAAAGAAGAGCGGAAAGAAGAAGAAGAAGAAGGGGAAGAAGAGUGGGAAGAAAGGCAAGAAGGGAAAGAAGGAGAAGGAUCUCACUGCUGACAGGACUAUCGAGUCGCUGUAUGAAGAGUUGGUACAGGAGGGAAUCCUGGUCCGGUGUCCCAAAGUGCACAUGUCGGACUACCUUGGGGAGUACAGUUACCUCGGCACCACCCUGCGCACAGCUAACAUCGAGCCCAUGCCGUCUCUACACGACGUGCGCAGGGUCGUAACGGAGUACGGCAUCCUUCCACUGGGAUCCCAGGCUGUCCAUGAAAAGGCCCCUCUGGUGAAAUCGCUCCUUCUAACCGGGCCGCGGGGCACCGGGAAAAAGAUGCUUGUUCACGCCAUCUGCACGGAGACCGGCGCCAACUUGUUUGAUCUGACCUGCACCAACAUCGCCGGGAAGUACCCGGGCAAGAGCGGCCUCUCCAUGAUGAUGCACAUGGUCUUCAAGGUUGCCCGGCAGUUGCAGCCCUCUGUUAUCUUCAUAGGAGACGCUGAGAAGACGUUUUUGAAGAAAGUCCCCAAGACUGAUCCGACUGACCCCAAGAGACUAAAGAAGGACCUCCCGAAAGCCAUCAAAGGUAUGAAAGCGGAGGACCGUGUUGUGAUAGUCGGGACGUCCCGCCAGCCCUUCGACUGUGAGCUGAAGGGACUGACAGGCUCGUACCAGAAAAUCAUCCUCAUCCCACGGCCAGACUACGCCUCACGUUUCUUGAUGUGGCAGUCAAUGAUCCAGAAGGGGCAGGGGAUCCUGACCAACCACCUGGACGUCAGCUCGCUGUCCAAGGUGACGGACGGGUACACGCCUGCGCAGAUGUGGACAGCUGUGCAGCAGGUGCUCACAGACAGACGCGUCCAACAGUUGUCCAAGAGGCCGCUGACGUCUGUGGAGUUCAUCAGUCCCUUAGCCAGGAUAGAUCCGAUAUACAAGGAGGAAGAGGAGGCCUUCAAGAGCUGGAAUGAGAAAACGCCACUGGGGAAGAAGAGAGCAAAGGCUGCUAAAGGGGACGAUGAGGAUGAUGGGGGAGGGAAGAAGGGAAAGAAGGGGAAAAAGGGCAAGAAGAGUGGAAAGAAAGGGAAAAAGAAGAAGAAGAAGUAAACUGCACAUCAUCCAAGUUGAGAUUAUCACUGUGUAUAGUAUUGUAAUGUGUAUAUUAAGCUGUACUAUAUCAUAUUAAUGUCACUGUUCAAGCAGUAUAGCAAAAUUGUGGAAUUUUGCAGAGAUUCUUUUAGUGACACAGGAGCAGCUUGCAUUUUUAGCGUUUAAAGAAAAAUUCACUGGGACAACAACUUUUUUUCUUCUCAAGUGACAAAGUUUGAAAAACAUUUCAUUUGUGUACGUGAAAAAUUGCAAACUUAAAAUCAAUUAUCAAAAAACUUGGGUGUGGGUGGUAUGCCAUCAUCUUGUUAUGAUAUAUUGGUAAAUUAAUGCAUAAACCUCUGCAGUUUUGUUGUGAACUGAUAGAGGGCCUCACUGCUCCACGGGAGGACAGCAUUGCUGCUGCUUCUCACAGAUUGUAACUCCUGAUUAAAUACUUUGUGUUUGCACAA